UCCUGGACGCGCGUGCGGAGGCCCGGGGGUUGCCUGCUGCGCUUGGGACCUGAGGAGGCGGCGUGGCCGCGGGCUCUGCCCCGGGAGCGCCUCCCGGCCAGUGCGUCGCCGGCAGUUCGCCAAAGCCGCGGGUCGGACAGGAUGUGACCUCCUGGUGGGAAUAUCUCAAGAUCAAAUUUUCAGUAUAAGGCCAAGGUGGCAGAUGAUAUAAAGGAAGCACUGGACUUGUGGCCACACCAUUCAAGAAUAGAAAAAUUAGAAAAUGGAACAACCAUGUUUGUUACGUGAAGAACUAGACCCAGAACCAGAACCACAAAAAAGUGCAAAAGAAACCAAACAAAUGGAUGAUGAAGAUACCGAACUCAUCUUUGUUGGGGUGGAACAUGUAAAUGAAGAUGCUGAGCUGAUCUUUGUUGGAGUGACAUCAAAUGCAAAACCAGUUGUUUCAAACAUUUUAAACAGAGUCACCCCAGGUUCGGGUUCAAGGAGAAAAAAGUGUGGUCGUCUCAGAAAAAAUACUGCUCAUAGAUUGCAACCUACGAGUCAUGUGGCCUCUCCAUCAGAAACAGUGACUGUCUUGUCAGAUUCUCCAUCUGAAUCAAGAUCAACAGAUAGUCCUAUUAUUAUUGAACCUUUGCCUGAACCUGAUUGUAAAAAUAGUUCUUCACAAGUUGUGCCUAGUAGCUCUUCACAGUUAGGUUCUCCUUUGGUUGCAUUAACAAGUUCAUUGCAUCAUCCAGUAAAAACAGCACUUUCAGUAGGAGAAAUGAAUGAAAGUCAGUGUGUAUCAAAGCGAUGUUCUACUUCUGAAGUAAAUAUCAUAAAUUCUAAAAGUCCUAAACUCAGUAAUGGAAUAGUAGGAGGAAUUUCUUCAGCUUUGUCUGCUUCAGAUAUUUCUCGUACAGUGAAUCUUCAGCAAAGUAUACCCUCAAAUGAUGUUCAUACCUCAUUAAGCCAUGUUCAGAAUAUAGCACCUUUUCCAGCAGCUUUUCCAAAGGACAGUGUCCAUUUCAGGCCUACAAAUGUAAAUCCUGAUAUGGAAAAUGGACUGGCAAAAAUUGCAAGUCCAACAAGUCAAAACAAGACCUUUGAUCCCAAGACAGGAACUCUGAUCCUGUUACUUAGUGACUUUUACUAUGGACAGCAUAAAGGAGAUGAGCAGCCAGAACAGAAGACUCACUCAACCUUUAAAUGCCUCAGCUGCUUGAAAGUUCUGAAAAAUGUUAAGUUUAUGAAUCACAUGAAGCACCAUUUCGAACUUGAGAAGCAGAGAGGUGACAGCUGGGAAAACCACACCACCUGCCAGCACUGCUAUCGGCAGUUUCCUACUCCCUUCCAGCUGCAACGUCACAUUGCAAGUGUACACACUACUCAGGAGGAGCCUUUUGCUGUCUGUAAAAUCUGUGAGUUGUCAUUUGAAACAGAUCAGGUUCUCUUACAACACAUGAAGGACAAUCAUAAACCUGGAGAAAUGCCCUAUGUGUGCCAGCUUUGCAAUUAUAGAUCAUCGGCCUUUGGUGAUGUGGAAACACAUUUUAGAAUAUGCCAUGAAAACACUAAGAAUUUACUGUGUCUGUUUUGUCUCAAAAUUUUCAAAACUGCAGCACCAUAUGUAUGUCAUUAUAGGCGACACUGGGCAAAGAGUAUUCACCAGUGUUCUAAAUGUCGGCUUCAGUUUUUAACUUUUAAGGAGAAAAUGGAACAUAAGACCCGGUGUCAUCAGAUGUUUAAGAAGCCUGAGCAACUAGAAGGAUUGCCUCCUGAAACGAAAAUUGUUAUUCAGGUGUCACUGGGACCUAGUCAACCAGACUCAGUGAAAGUAGCAUCUAUUACUGUGAGCACAAUUGAGCCUGAACCAUCUCCCCGCAAGUCUAAAAGCAGAAUUCCAAAAAAACCCCAUUAAUUUUAGUUCUGUUAAACAAAAACAGGUUUCGAUCCAAAGCAAAAACCCCUGUAAAAACAAAAAUAUAAAUCAUCCAUUAUUCAGUAGCACCAAAAAUAACGAAACAAAUGAGAUUUUUAGAAAAAUUUAGUUUUUGGUUUUUUGAGACAGGGUCUUACUGUGAACUCACUGUGUAGCCCAGGUUGCCCUUGAACUCACAGUGAUCCUUCUGGCACAGCCUGCCAAGGAGGAUAAUGCAGUUUUGUUUUGUGGUUUUUUUUUUCUUUGGUGUUGGGGAUAAACCCAGGACUUCACAUGUUUGAGAAGUGCUCUGCUACUGAGCCACAUUCUUGGCUACUACAGUAUUGUUCAAUAUGAAUUUUGUGGUAUUUGUUACUUAAAAUAUAUUACCUGGUUUUCAUAUUAACUGUCUGAUUGAAUACAUGAAAGAUGUUUGUGUGUAUGUUUGAGAGAAAACAAAAGGGGAAAAUUAUUUAUUAUUGGGUAUUCAUAUUACUCUUAACCUUGAAAACUUUUAUAUACAGAAUUUGUAAUUUUUAAAAUGUUUAAUUUUAUUUUUCAUUGUUUUCCUUCUAUUAGAGUUUUUAAAAAAAUAAAUUCAGAAUGGCUUUGUUAUGUCCUGGCCCUUGAACUCCCAGAAGUGCCUCUGUGGUGCUGCCAUAAAAUAACUCCGUUCCAAAAUCUUGUAUGUGGACUUGAAGAAGCUAUGGCAUGAAUGGAAACCAGGAGGGCAGAGGUUAAGGAAGGAAGAACAGUGGUUCCUUGUCCCACUUAAUGAUAAGAACACAUUUACUCCAAUGUUGGGGCCAAGGUAGAAAGAAAACUGCCUUAGAGUAUUUUUGCUUAACAAAAGUACAACCAGGGAAGCAAAACGAUUCUAACAAAAUGCCUGGAUUUGUUAAAAGUACUCCUGCAGACUUAAACAGCUACUGUGUUUCCUUGGCUUCAUAUGAAGAAGCAGCAGCAAUUCUGUUGAGUGGUCUAAAGGGAAAUUGGACUCAUUCUCUCUCCUUUCCCUUCUGGCUAGCCAUUAGCAGAUAGCUGGGUAUGAAGUGGCUAUACAUAUACCAGCAAAGCAUGUUACAUUUCCCAAAAGAAGGAAGCUCUGGUAUCCAGAGUUUAAAUUGUACUGGACUCAUAAUUUUAACUGAAAAGGGCCAAACAAAUGGUAUCUUCUGGUUAAUGGACUGGGCUAAAUUUAGUUCUCCCACUGUUAAGCUAGAGUGGGGGCUUGUCCAAGAACAGGGUACAGUAGAUAAAAAUAGCCCAGAAUACUGGUUAAAAUUAAGUCCAUUGCAGAACUUUUACUUCUAUUUUUUAGUACAUGUGCAUCUUACCCUAGUUGAACACAAAAUGUAUGGAGUUUUGUAUCUUGCCCUGGACAUGAGUGUACAGCUAAUAGUUUAAUAGUUUUUCUUUUGUGUGUGUAUAACUUCCCAAGUGAUCACACUGAUACUGUUUGGGUCUUACUUGAAGCACUUUAGUGUGCAAGAAAUAUUCUAUCUAUUGUUAACUUUAAGACUUAAUAAGUUUUACAGUUAAUACCUUUAUGUAAUAUAUCCUAUUAUUUAUCCUGUCACUAUAUCAUAGAGGAACCUUUUUUCCUUGCCUUCCCCAGGAGCUUUUCCACAGAACUGUGGCAUGCCCUGUGAAUAUUGGUUCCUAAACAUUGGUGAACUUUGGCUGCUUCUGUGAAUUCUUAGGAUUGUCUACUUGGGUCUGCUCUAGUGCUGUUCUUUGUUCUUCUGCCUUCAACCUAGAUGCCCACCAGUCAAGAUUCUGGUAUCCUGGCUGUAGACACAGGGCUGGAGAAACUUUUUUAUUCCUUUUUUCUUAAAUGUACCUUAUUCUCUAUCCUCUCUUCUGUUCAUCUGGUUCAAUUUUCUAAUCUUUCACAAAAAGCUGAUAAGAGAUUUAGCCAGGUGCGAUUGUUCGUUCCUGUAAUCCCAGCACUUGGGAGGCUGAGGCAGGAGGAUUGCCAGAAGUUUGAGGCCAGCUUGGGCUAUAUAGUAAGUUCAAGGCUAGCCUGAACUACAUAGUGAGAUCCUUUCUCAAAACACAAAAAAAAAUAAUAAUAAAAAAGACUGUAACAGCAUCCCCUUUAGAAUGGAGGAAUGUGGCACUACAGAUAAGGUGGAAGUAGAUUCUGUUGCAUGUACAUAUUUGCUCUGUGGUUGGUUAAUUGACUUGCACCUUGAACAUUUUGCUAGGCCUUUUCAGUUUGAUUAUUUAGGCCAAGGCACAUUGCUAAAAUUUUACACUGAAUCCUUCUAGGUGUAGGAAGUGGUUGGUUUUAGUUUGUGUGAGUGUGUAUAUGUCUUCAGUUUUACUGGUGAAAACUCCCAUGUAUAAAUCUACACAUUUCAGUGUACUCCGUUCUAAUGGUAAAAAUGAAAUGUUUUAAUUCCAUGUCUUAGUGAUUGCUUAAUUGCUUAGUAUUAUCAGCACUGUUACUGUUGUUUCACUAAAGCAUGCUCCUAAGGAGUGCAGUGUUUGUUAUUGCCAACUACAAGUUCCAGUGAUCUGGCCCCUGCUACCUCCUCUCUCUCCAAUUUUCUGCCGUGCUUCUGUACCAUUUUCUUCAUCAGUGCACUGUUUUGCCAUACUGACCGUGUUAUUCGUCAAGUAAAUCACAUUUUUCCUGAUCCAAAGGCUGCACAUGCUAUUCUUUUCUUUAGAAUGCCUUCCCCUAGGCCUGCAUGGCUUACUACCUCACUUAUUUGCUUGACACUUUCUUUGGUUCAUUGAGCUUCACAAAGGUUCUUAGAAUGACUAGAAAUCUCCCCUGAUUUUAAAAAAAAUGUAUUCCUCCUCCCUAAAGGCACUUUACCUCCCCACAAUCCUUUCUUCCCUCUCCAACCUAGUUAAAUUUCUAGAUUUUCACAAAAAAGCUGGGAAUCAUCCUCAAGGGCUUUGCUUCUUUCUUAGAAUUGAGCUAGCUUGAGUCAAUUUCUGUGCCUGCAGCUAAAAGAAAAUAUAGUGAAAUGAGUCAGGAGCUUUCUGUUUUUCUAUUGAUAGCUCUAUAUUUUUUUAAGGCAAUGUCACUUUGUUUUGUUUACAAAUAUAUUGAAUAUCUGUCCAGAUUACUAUUUUGUUAUAUUUUGUGAAUUUCCUUGUCUAUUUUGCUUGCUUGUUCCCUCAGACAAAAUUUAUUAUUUUAUUAAUGUUGCCAAAAGCUAAGU